AUUCAGACAUAUAAAACGAGGCGAGGGUGAGACUAUUCAAAGAGACACAAGACCGCGCAAAGGAACUUAAAACCCCACCUUUUCACUUUGGGAGGUUUUACUGGAGGUAUUUCAGGACCCCGAUCAGCGCGCGGAUCACAUCUCUAUAGCCCAUGUGUAAAGCAAUGCCCGUGAGGAACGGCUCUCAGCUUUUGCUCUUCAUAACUCUCUCCAGUGUUUUAUAUGCCCGGACCUUAAGUUUACCCUUCGCCUCCAUGAGAGAUACAAGACACGCAGACGGGCUCUUCACAAGCGGAUACAGUAAACUUCUAGGACAGUUAUCUGCCAGACGGUACCUGGAGUCAUUGAUCGGAAAGCGGGUCAGUGAUGAUUUGAUGGAAGACCAGGCACCGAUGAAGCGUCAUUCAGACGCAAUAUUCACAGACAACUACAGCCGCUUUCGCAAGCAGAUGGCAGUGAAGAAAUAUCUCAACUCCAUUCUCACAGGAAAGAGAAGUCAAGAAGACCCACCCAGCCUGCAGGAGGAAUCGACUGGAGGAGAGACCACGUAUCGGGAGAGCUACGAUGACGUCACUGUAGACCGACUUCUCAAUCAUAUACCAUUGCCCCUCUGAGGUCGGUUUGAAGACAAGAAAACAACUCUUCGAGACCAUCAUAGGUUUUCCAUUUACACAGUCUAGUAUAGGACAUCAACAUACUACUAAAAGAACGUGUUGAAACCGAAAAAUGUGGUUACCUAUGACGUAAAUGUUUGCACUGUACAUUGAAAAUAAACUUUGAUGAGAGAUGUUAGCUUGAAGAUGUACAUAGCGUGCUUUGGCCUUGGAAACCAAAUUGCUUUGACAUGUUUCCUGUAAAUUGUAGAACAAUAAAUGCAUUGAAACAA